AGGCACGUGCAAAUAACCCAUAGAUACACAUUUAAAUUUGUAAGAAGGGUUACUAAAAUUACUCGUGAUCAACAUCCAAAGCUUUUCUGCACUGUUACUGUUUCUGGGAUAAGAGCUAAUGUGUUGUUUUGUAGGACUUGCAGUGCGUUUGAUGGGAGGGGGGAGCAGCUGGAAGACAUCAGUGUGUGAGGAAGUAGGAGUAUGUAUACAGAUGGAUAUACAACCAAUUUCCCCUCAAGACCGUGUGUGUGGCUCCUGUUACAUAACUUGGUGUAAUGGAUACACCUGUUGAACAGAGUUUACCUGAUCCAGCUGUGUGCUCUCUCUGUCUGACUUCUUUUUUUCUCAGUGAAGAGAAGAAUAGACCAAACAAUGACAACGUAACUGAGGAAUUCACUCUUGAGCCAAGUCGCAUUUGGGACCAUAUAUUUUCUGUUGACUUCAGUGCCACUUUAUUUACUAUGGCAUAUCAUCUGCUGGCCUGUUGUGGCCUCACAGGCUCAAACUGACAUAUUUAUAUUUAGCAGGCUGUAGAUUCUCUGCAACAAUAAGAAAGGAAAGGAAAGUAUUUACUGUUUCAAUUUCAACAUUUGCUCCAUCUAAAGGCAAUGAGUAUUCUAGCUGCAGUUUUUUUGUUGUUUUUUGUUUGUUUGUUUUUUAUAGUUGCUGUUUAGUGUGUAUGGAUGAGGUUUUACCCUUAACAUCUUUAUCACUGGUUAUCUAAAAUAAAACAGUGGAGGAAAAAGUGACAGAAAUAGUUGUGUUCCAAAUGAUAAAAUAGAGCUAAAGAGAGGAGUUCAAGCCUUACCAGUUACUCCCUUACCUUCACACGUAGGGUGAGUCACAGCAUGAAGCGGGUGUGACUGUUGAAUUGUUGGUUUUUGAAAGUUUCAGAAAUUCUUGGACACAGCUCCCCGAUAUCUGAUGCUGGAGGAUUUCUCUGAAGCCGUUUGCCCAUCUGACAAGUACUUCAAACGUCCAUUUGCCAGAGAAAAAGUCUGCAGUUAAGAUAUUCAGGAGAACUUCAGCCAGUAUACAUGGAAUAUAUUUUUAAAGUUCUUCAUUUCUUCAUAUUUUUGGGCCCAAGUUAUAUUAGGGUAGUGUCCCCUCACUCUUUUGACUAGCCAGGGACAGAGGACUCAGUGGCACAGAGAGCUGUGUGAAGUUUUCCCAGUAUUCAGCCCAAAAUACGCUGCACAUAACAAAACGCUUUACAGUUGCAAGUUUAUACCACAAACACGCCAGUACAAACAGAAGUGACAACAAGGAAAAAUCUGCAUUUGUACCAGUCAUUAAUUUUCUUGCCUGUAGAGGGCUUACACUGACGUUGCUAUAAAGUAUGUGCAUCUGCUUUUGUAUGGCAGGAUGUGGCAGUUUCGCCUGUCAUUGCAGUUACGAUUGGCCACAUUCUGUCACCUGUAUUGACGGUGUGCCGGCCGCAGUGGAAAAUGAAACUAAGAAACGUUCCUGGUACCAAAAGUGUGUUGAGUUGAGUUAGGCUGAGUCAUACCACGCAAUUUGAAACUGUUGCUAGUCUGGGUGACACGGUUUUGAGUGCAUUGCAUUGAUGUCACUAUAGGUCCUUGAGGUUUUCUUGUGGUAGCAGUGCUUUGCCACAAGAUGGGAGUGCUAGGCUGAUGUUGGCAGAGUCAUUGGAUGUUUAAGUUAAACUGUAAAGAAGUGCACUAAGGAAAAAAGAUGCCGUCAAUAACAUAUAGGUGAAACUAUGACGGCCUGUAUUUGAUUUUGCAACUUUUUUGUUAACCCAACUAGUCUCAGACCUCCCCAGGACCUCCCAGUACACACUUAAAAAAAGAAGCACACAGAAACAUUUAGAAAGGUGGAUGCACUUAUCCUGCCUUGAGGCCUUGGUGAUGAACACCCUGACAACCACUUUCCCUAACAACGGCAUUCCUCUACACAAAUGUCCUACACAUGCGAUCGCACUCUAUUUAAAUGUAUCUAGGGCGUGUUUGCCAUGCUGUAUUGCAGCUCCUAGGUGAAGUCAGGGUGCAAUCCAACAGGCACACACACACUUUCCAGUUAAGCUCUCAUAGCUCUAUGACAGAUGAGAUAGUGAGCUCGGAGCACUCCACCAGUACAAAUGUAUUGGGUGUGGUUCUGGUGGAGCUGCAUUAAGAGGCAGCAUCUCUCUGUGAGUGUUUUAUUGCAGAUCAUUUUACACUCUGCAAUGGGAAGCUUGAGCGUUAUCAGACUCUCUCAUCUGAUAUUUCUCUUUCUCUCAUACAGAUUUAUACACUGUAUGUUUUCAUAUUCAUAUUUGUAAAUUGCUAAUAGCUCCUUCUGCUCUUUAGACAACAAAUCGAUUCAUUCUCUAGAAAAAAAUAAGGGAUUGUCAAUUCCUCCUCGCGACUCCCCCAGUCAGUAAAUCUGCUUUUUAUUGGAGGCUUUUUAUCUUCCAGCAGUUCUCUACACAUGGGAGGGGUGGGGGAUGGAGGGAUGGGAAGAAAUGUGAUCAGGAUGACCAUGAUGAGCAGCGUGUGGUUUCGUUUUCUUGCUUUUCACCAUCACACCACCUUCCUCUUGCUCUAUUUACAGGAAAUCUAGUUUCAGCGCGUUACGUGCUGAUGGUCUUCAUAUUAGAUUCUGCCAUAUGUAUCGCUGACCUCAUUUUGGAUCACUGCCAUUGAUCCACAAGCUCUGGGUGUGGUGUCACCAGCAUUUAAGGACAGCAAGAGUCAUGACGUCAUCAUUGUGGGUCAUACCUGAGAAAGAAACAGACUGCAAGCAAUGAGGAAGAUGAUAGCUUCAGUAAAUACUGGGUGUUCCUUUUCCUUAGUGUUGCCCUCUUGAUUUCUAGAUUUGCUUCUCCAUGUUUGCAGAAUAUUGUCUCAUAUUGUGUUAGUGCUCUGUUAAACAUAAGCACGGCUGCUUUUCUGGAAUCCCCCCAUCAUCCCUGUUUCUCUAACUCACCCAUCUGGCUCAGCAUCUGUAUUUUCUCUAAGCAUAGCAGGAAUGUUCUCGUCACACACCAAGCUUUGAUCUGUCCGACCAGUCGAGGGGCAUCUAUCCUGCUCUAUCUAGUUUUUAUCAGCACAGUGCAUUUGUAUGCUUAUACUUGUGUGUGUUGUGAGGAAUUUCAAAAGGUACCAGACGGGAGAGCUGCACCUUUGAAGAUCACUUGAAUUAUUGAGUACCUCUACACUGUUUUCGGUUUCCACUCUUGCUUUUAUCUCAGUAUUUAUUCCUUUUUUUUAUGACUCAUUCCUACUCAUAAACAUCAGCGACCCCGUCUGCAGCUUUCUGUGCUUGUGUGUGUGUUUGAGUGUGAGUGUGAGACUGUGUAUUCUCCACCAUAAUGUGUUGACAGGAUCUGUCUGCUGGGUUUAUAAGGGCUUGGAAAAGACAACUGAUCUCUGCUUGCUAAAAGAGGGAAUUAAGAGAAGUACAUAAACGAAGUGUGCCAACAGCCAUGAGAGAAAGGCAUGUGAAUCCAUACGAUGGAGAUAAAUGUGUGUGUGUGUGUGUGUGUGUUCGCCCCUCUACAGCACUGAGAAUGCUCAGCUGUGUGAAUGCUCGGCUAGGGCGCUCAGUGAUCACAGCGGCAGAGAGUGGGAGGGGCACUUGCACACACACUCAAUCACACACAUACACACGCACACAUAGAUAGUUAGCUUGUCAGUGUUGGAUGCUGCCGUUGCUUCAGCAGCUGGAUGUACAGGAAUGGAAGUGUGUCAGUGUCUUGGAUAACAGGGUUGAUUUGAGUGUUUUGUGUUUAAUGUGCUGUGUGUAUGUGAGAGUAAAUGCGCUGGAGUGUGUUUGCUUUAUAGGAAUGUCAGUGGGUUUUUAGCACUCAUACAUUGUAUUGUACUCUGUGUGUAUGUAUGUGCGUGUGUGUGUCAGCAGAAUAGAAUCAGCAGGAAGUGUUUGACCGCAGGGAUUCAGGAGCGUGCUAUUCACUUUGACCAAGAGUGUGUUUUCAUGUUGGAGAAAGAGGGACUGUGGGAACGUUUUAAGAGAAGGAAUACAGAUGUAAAGGUUCAGGACAACAAGAUGACAGACCCCCUUUAGGGGCUUCAGGACUGCCCCAAAAUGGGGAACAGCGCCCAGAAAAAGAAGAAGGUCCAGACAGAGGAAAACUUCUCUGCACACUCGUCUCCGAGCCCCAGCAGGGAAAGACCUAAAAGCUCCUGGCUGUUUGGACGUCAAGACAAACAGAAAACAGUUGGGCCAAAGGGGACUGAAGACCAAAAGCGCUUGGCCGUCCACUACACAACCUCUCAGCACUACCAGGAGAAUGUUUUCAUUGAGGGCAGCAGGCCACAGUACCUCAAGGACCUGCACACUGAGGCCCAGGAGGGGCUCAAGAUCCUACAGCAGGAAGGUCAGACACAUCAAAUGAAAGAACGCAAGAAUGGAGAGAAAUUUCCUGAUGAUGAAAGCAUUGCUUCCAUGGACACUCCGGAGCAGGACAUCAGUUCCAAGGAGAGCGGUGCCUCUCCGGAGCCGAGAUCCACCACCGGUGAUACUGAUACUACAGUAAUCUCUGCUGUGUUGACCAGGCCUGUGCUCACCCGCCAAGGUUCUACAUUCAAGCCUCUAAAUCCAGUAAAAAGAUUAGAUAAGAGCAGGAAGAGGAGCAGGAGGACCACCAUCAUGGGUAUUCCCAACCAGGUCCAUAAAGAGCUUGCACUGCACAGAAACUCAACCUUCCAGCAGCUUGAUUCAACCCAGACCCCUAAUCACAAUGGACAGCUCAAAAACAGCCAACCAGGAGUUGUUAUUAUUCCAACAGUUGAUGGAGGGACUCCAGCACCAAACAAGGAAGGAGCAAGAGUGCACCUUUCAGAGCUGGAGCAGGCAUCCAGAGAUGAGCAGCUGCUGAAGAAGCACCUUGAGACAAUGUACCAAAAUGAGCCCUUCAAUAAACAAGACUUUGGCUCCCGUCUCUGCCCCUCAACCCAGAGACCCAAGUCCCUUGCUGUGCCUGGCAUGACCUCUUCCUCCUCCUUCUCUCCUUCAACAUUGUUUAACUUCCUCCAGGAACCCCAAGGCCCAGUGAUGUCCAUAUCUCCUCAGGCCACCUACUUGUCCACGAUCAUCCCAAAUGCAGUCUUGCCAGCUUCAAUUGAAGUCAUAGAGAUUGACCGUAGCAGCAGAACACAUGGCAGCAGUGUAAACCAUGGUGGUAAUGUUCGUACUGUCAGCAAAAGCAGCCUGGCAUCUGGGGACUUGUCAGUCAGUCCACUGUUAUCCAGAAAAUCAGAUGGUGAUGGUUCCCAGAUUGACAAUUCCCACGACUCAGCGCUAAUGCCCACAUCAACUUCGGGGUCAAACGAGAGCGAGUCACACUCUGCAAAGACCAUUAUUUCAAACUCUUCCCCUGUAUCCUCUAAGGGUAGUGCACGUAGUGGUAACUCACAGACAGUGUGUUUAAAUGAACGGGAAAGCCACACCGAGCAGUCUAGAGGAGACCAAGACCUUGUCAGUCUUCAUAGUUCAGUUAGCAUGAUUAGCAGCCCCAGCUGUAAAAGUGAAAUUGUUGUCAUAGGUCAAAGAUCUGAGUCUAGUAUUUUGGAGUCAGUGGCUACUGAGGAGGAUGCAAAGACCAAACAGAAUUUCACUCGGAGUCUAUCAGUCAUGAAGACCAAGCAACCCCCAGCACCUCCACGGAGGACGAACUCUCUUCAUAAUAAUAAGAUCAAGUGCAACACCAGAGUUCUGGUGGAGAGCAAAGAUCUCAAUGAGUCUGUGUCUGGAGAAGUGGCAAAUGCCGGAGAAAAUACUGGGGCAAAGGAUGAGAUAAAAUCAGUUACUGCAGUAGAGAUCUCCACCACUGUACCAAACUCAACUGAACCCAGCUCUGUAGGUGCUUCCUCCAGUCUACUGAGCCCCACGCAGGCCAAUUCCAAUGAAGUAAGAGGAAUGAUACAAUCCAGCAGCUCCUCACCACAGAAAACUCCCUUGGAAGGGAGUAAAUUUGAUCGGACCAUGUCCCCUUCCAGUGGCUACUCCAGUCAGAGUGGCACUCCGACACUUUCCCCAAAAGGGAUGUCCCCAACCUCCCCUGCCAAACAGAGAAAGAAACCGGUCAAACCAGAGAGAGCAGUAUCUCGAGCCUCAUCCUCAGCAGCUUCUCCUUCCUCCUCCCUUACCUCUCUAUCGUCCAGUACAUCUGAGCCUGUAAAUGCAGAUGUUUCCACAUCUAGUUCCAGUUUGGCUCCACAGGGAUUUACACCCACUGUUGCUGCUGUGGAACUAACUCCAAAAAACAAUUCUUCUACUUUGAGUGCUGAAGUCAGAGAACUGUUGAACAUCCCACCACCUCCCAAGGUGAGAGCACCAUGUCCUCCUCCACCAGAGGCAUGGGUUCACAACAGGCGUUCCUUUCAGCUCCUGUGUGGGCCUUAUCCUAAUAUUAGCAAAGUGUCCCAAAAACCAGCACACAAACAGGACAGCACAGUUAAACAAGCAGGAACCCAGACUGAAGCCAGCAAGGAGAUGCAAAUUUUAGUUGAAAAAGAAUCAACUAAGGACAGAUUUGUCCUAGAAUUGUCAGAGAGCAAAGCAAAGCCUGAGACAUUGUUAGCAACAUUUCCUGAAGGUUUUCACAAGGAGCUGGAGAAUAAAGAAUGCCCAGCUACCAACAGUGAGGAGAUGGAAGCAUGUGCAGAUGUUCAGAAACAAGAGCUGAGUAGUACUCCUUUAGUGAAGGACCCCAAGAGUCACGAGACAAUUCCUAAGAAAGAUCCCCCUCCUGUCAUGAAGAAACCCAUGACAGUACUGAACAGAGAGGAAUUAGUGUCAACAGAGCAAUCAGUGGACAAACAGACAAAGGAACUGAGUUGUAGUGCCACAACAACAGAAGUUGAUUUACUUGAGGACCAUACACUGUCUUCACAGAAUGGCACUACAGUCUUAGCUGAUGAGGGUGAGAAUGAGAUGGACAAAAGUGAAGUCACAUCCAUGCAGUUGCUUUCUAUAGAGGUCCCCAAAAUUUGUAAGGGCUCCCCACCACUUACCCCUCCUCCCGCAUACCACCCUACACCUCCUCUAUCAAGAAAGACGCCUCCUUCAUCAGUAUCUACACCACCGGAUGAAUUACAGAGGGUACAAGAGGAGAUCUAUGUAGUAGAUUCCUGCUGGCCACCUCCUCCCCCUCCUAUGGAAGGGGACUCUGUCUUUGAUGGAGGAGAUGAUGUUGACUUUCCCCCACCUCCUCCACCCGCUGAGACAGACAGUGUGCCAAAUGUGAUGGACAGUUGUAUCACAGAGCUGAGUGUCUCAAAAGGACCCGCACAAGAGACAACUGAGGACUCAAGUGAAACUUGGACAUCUGUACAUGAACAAAUGCCAGAUUUGCCCCAUGCUGUUACACAAACAGUAACCGACACCAGAUCAGAGGAGGUUGCACAGUUCGCAAAAGCUAACACCAGAAUUGAGAUUUCUUGCAGACAAGUGCAAAACCUAUCAGUUUCUGACAGUGUCCCACCACCACCGGAGGCACCUCUAUUGCCAUCAAUUACAAGAGCAGAGAAGCCAAUAUCAGUCUCUGCUUCAGUAACUCCCAGCAGCUUCCUGAGGCAAGACUCUCUGAAAAUUGAAGAGCAGUCUCCUUCUGAGCCUUUUAUCAAUUUCCAACCUCCAGUUACUGCCCCAGUAGCACCCCCCUUACCAGCAGAGAAUUUAUCCCAUGGAGUUAACUUCCGAAGGCAGCCCAGUGUAGCAAAUCGAGAUGCCAGGAACAAAGAGGUCCUUUCCAAAAAAAGUGCACCCACUCCCAAAGAAGACGCUAAUAUACCUCUAGUCACUCCCUCUCUGCUUCAAAUGGUUCGUCUCAGGUCAGUUAACAUGACUGAUGAUCAGGCGAAACCUCCAGUGGAGGACAAGUCAAACCAGGGAGCUCCAGAUAACCAGGGAGUUCCAGAUAACUGCCCACUUUCAAUCCCAGGACCUCAGAACACUCCACAGAAGCCCAUCCGCAAGUCUCUGUCACUAAAAUCUCCUCCACAGACAGGAAAAACAUCCUCUGUGACAUUAAACACCCCUUCCAUGCGCUUACAGGAAGCCAUACGUAUGAAAACUGCAGCCAUGUCUUCAAGAGAUGGUCUUGCAUCCCGACUGGGUGUGAGAUCAUCUGCUUACAGUGGAGUUAGUGAACAGGGGGCUCUGUCCCUGAAAGUACCUGAAGUAUAUGACCUGCACAAAUCGCCAGCCUCUACUGCCAGCUUUAUCUUCUCCAGGAGCACAAAAAAAGUUGUCGUAGAGUCUGCAGCUGCCUCCUCCCCUGAAGCUCAGGCAAGUUUGAAGCAGAGCUUAGCAGCCGAGCUUAUGCAGGUGUCUGACCAUUCAAAGGCCGCAGCUUUCUCUAAUGGUGGGAUGAAGUCUGACAAAGUUCCUCCACCAGUAGCUAAGAAACCCCCCCAUGGGAGCCUAAGUCCUUCACAGAAUCGUCCUGUUUGUUCAGCAAAGAUGAACUUUGGUUUUGAAGGAAAUGGAGCAAUAGGAGGACACCAUACAAGUGGAAUAACAUCUCCUGAGACAACAACUACAAGAGUGACAGCGGACACAAUUGAAACACUGUUUUGAAAGAGUGUUUGGGUGAUUAACUAAAGACAAUGGCAGAGGAACAAGCAAAGACUACAAGCAAGUAAAAAUACAACUAGCAGCAAGGACUGACAUAUCUGAGAGAUGUAGAACUCAACUAUCAGAGUGUUGUGUGUGUUAAGUCUUCUCCAAAAGCCUUAGCCUGUAAAGGCCUUUCUACAUAUUUAUGCAAAAAAUCAUAUGUUGCUCCCAAUUUCUUAUGAUAGCUUUAUUCUGGAGUAUUUUUCUAAGCUAUAGAUGAUCUUUUAAGUCCCCUCAGGAUGAAAUGGUGUACAAUGACUGAACUGUAAAUAUUUGGUUUGUAUGAGAUCGCCUCCCAGAGGCAGAAUUAGGUAGUGGUCACUGCAGCUCAGAGAAAAUUUUUUGUCUUGACAAAGCAUUUCUGUACAGAGGUUGACUGUUAAGUCUUUUUUCCCCUGUUGUAAUAUAAAGCAUACUUGUAAUGGGGAUCUGUGUUGUCCAAAAAGGCUGACAAUGGCAUCCACUACAGGACAAAUCAGUAUUUUAUCUCUUUGCGUAAGGAUCUGAGUAAAAACAAAUUGCCACAGCCAGUUUCAGUCUUGCUUUUCAGUGUGUGGGUAGACAUAUUAGGAAUAAUAUUUGAGGAAAAAGGGAAACUGCAUACUCACUAGGAUGAGAGGAAGAUUUUGACAAUUAGGACAAAGGCACUUUUGUAAAGCUACAGGUGCUUUAUCAUUGAGACUAAACUCAGAAAAGCAUCUGGUUAAAACCGCUUCAAAAAUGUAAAUUAGAUGCUUCGACAUAAUCAGCACAAUCCUCUUCUUGUGUUUUGUGAAGGUCAGCCCAACACAUUCUGAGAAAUGUUUUCAUAAAAACAGCAACACAAGUACCCUAUUUAUUUAUGUAUAGUUGUUACCGCCAGUAGCACUGUCAGUCACCUUUUCUCACCAAAUCUGAAAUAUUUAACAGUCUGUUUCAUCUGAAAACCACUUCUAGGGCUAUGGAUGUGACAAUUAGCCCUGGAUGACUGAUACACUGGAGUAUACUUAGUGUAAGGUCAGUGUUUUUAUUACAUGUAGUGUAUCUAAACCUUUGGCCCAAAUCUUUUCUUCCCAGCUCAUCACUAUUUGCACAAAAUGCUUUCCCCCAGCAAAAUCUUUGGUGAGUGAAUUUUACUGACUCUUUGUAAUGGGUCAAAAAUCAACAUCUUGAUGAUUUUAAAGACUUAUGUAGAGUUACUACUUCUAUAAAUAAAAUUUAAGUGUAUCAAAAAUGUGGUUCCCUGAUCUCUGUAUUAAAAGAUGUGGCAGACAGCUCUCACACAGCAUCUUAUCUACCACAAGUAUAUUUGCAGACCACAAUUCAGCCAGUGUUUAUUUCAUAUGACAGAUGAUGCAUUAUUAUGCAUUAUGACAGUUAACGUCCAGAUAUUUAUUUCUGUACAACACUACCUCCAACACAACCGUCUUAUGUGUCUUAUGAUACAUGAUAUAUUUUUACACAUUUGAUGCCCGAAACCCAUAAAACCGCUUAUUAAUUAGGUUUGGCAGAUCUACCGUGAAUGCAAUCAGCACAGUGCAGUUUUAUUCUGGAAAACUACUGAAACAUUAAGUCCCUUUUCAAACACCUGAGAUUCCUUAUCAGCAACUACCAUGGACCAGCAGUACUGCAACAUUCAAGAAAGUAAUCCAUCAUUAGCUGUGAAGCUGUGUGUUUCUUUUA